UACAAUCACUUUGCGUUAUUGGAGUAUGUAUCGGACUCUUUCUUAGUUCAUUCGGAGUUUCACAAAAUUCUAUAACUACCACCGUUCCUACAAUACUUAAUUCACUUAAUAUAUCACCUAAAAUGCUUGGUUUAAUAUUAACAUCACUCGCGACAUUUGGAAGUGCAUGUGUUUACGUCAUACUUGAUCAAUUAUUGACGACAAUUAUAGUACCUAAUGAACUUCCACCAUCACCAGAAAAAGCAUGCUUUUUAAUAGGAACUAUUAACUCAAGUUUAGCUAUGAUAUAUAUUAUAAUUUAUACAAUUCCAAAUUGGAAAGUACUUGUAAUAGAAGAGAUGGAAAAGAAAACAGAACAUGCUACUUAUUGGAUAGUAAAAUAUCUUGGUAAUGUUACUAUAGGAUUAUUAAAUUCUGUUAGAGCUAUUAUGGUAUUUGGUUUUAGUCAUAUAUUUUUUUGUAAAAUUGAUAAUGGUCAAUGUUUUACUAUUUGGAAAGGAUUUG